UAACCAGACUUAACUUGAGAAGACGGAGAUCAUACAAUGUGAAUAUGGCAAUAAGGGCUAUUCAGGAAGAAAUGAUGUUCAGUGGACAGACUCUUGGGUGUCGUUCGAUGAAACGAAGACUUCUUCAGAAACAUGGCAUCUUUAUAGGAAGGGAUAACAUGUUGUGUUUAUUGAGAAUAAUCGAUCCUGAUGGAGUUGAUCUAAGAGCAAGUCACUGCUUGACAAGAAGAAUGUAUCUAAACAAUGGACCAAAUUAUCUUGCACAUGUUGAUGGGUACGACAAGUUGAAGCCAUUUGGCUUCGCUAUACAUGGUGCAAUGUGUGGAUUUUCAAGACGAAUACUAUGGCUUAAAGUUGCAAGAACAAACAAUGACUCCUUUGUUGUAGCAUCAUAUUUCUUGAAAUACCUGGAGGAAAUAAAUAGUUGA